AUGGCCACUGCAGGCUACAUCUGUAACCAAAUCUCCACCAUCUCCAACAAGUUCAUUGACACUGUUUUGCCAUGGCGUUACCUGUUCGGGUUUGCCUUCGCCUUUGGCUCCCCCUCCAAUAGCUUCAUCGGCCGCCACUUCUUCAGACUCAAGGAAAUUCCUUCGUCGUCCUUAGACUACAGUAACUUCCUCUACCAGUGGGUCUUCACUAUCACAGCUGCAGGUAUCACUAGCGGCUCCAUCACCGGGGGCACCCAGUUCGUCGCCUUCUUCACUGGUUUCAUUUACCCUGUCGAAUUCCACGGGAUUUGGUCCCCUGAUGGCUGGGCCAGCAUUUUCAACACAGAAAACCUUGUGUUUGGCAUUAGCGUGGCCACGACCUAUCCGGUUGCACCACAGCUCUCACCACUCUCUUCGGCAAGAGAAUCCUAUCCGGCCACUAGUUCUCAAAAACAAAUCUGCACAGAAUCGGUUAACAGGUAA